AUGUUCACCAAAACAUAUGAAGGCCCUGGACUGCCUUUGGAGCACGCAAAGCUCUUUUCGGAAGCGGAGCAGACGGGCCUCGUGUCCCCCUUGUGUCUCCAGUUCAGAGCUAGCAUCAGUGUUUUCAACGAGCCCGAAGAGGAUCAGAAAGGCGAAAACUUAACGGUGGCCCAGCUGAAAGCUCAGCAUAUCAUGGAGUCCUUUGAGAAUCCGUUUCGAAUGUAUUUGCCAGCAGAGCUCAACCCGGUUCACAUCUCUCAGGCUGCGAAGGCCGACCCGUCCUCAAAAAUCUACGAGAUCAGUAAUCGGUGGAAGCUGCUCAGCCAGGCCCAGCUUCAGGCCGGAGCAAAGAAAGGAUCUGCCAAGCAAAAACCUCAAGCAGCCUCCGUUCCCCAAGCAGCCCCGAAGGAGGCAGAGAAGGAGCCCCGAAUCAAAGACACGGAGAACGUCUCUGUUCGCCAGUUAGCUGCCCAAGAGCAGGCUGCCCCAAAGCGGGAGGCGGCAGAGGAGAAUCCUGCGACGGAGACCCUCCAGAGGAAAAAGGCCAAACCUGACUCUCCGCAGCCGGAAGCAGACGCUGCCGCCAGCCGCUUCACGCCCUUCGACUACAGCAAAUCCGAUUUCCGAGUCUUUGCGGGGAGCAGCAAAUCCAAGCCGUCGCGGCAAUUUAAUCCCGCCCUCCAGGCCCUCGGCAGCAAGAAAUUUUCAGGAGCCGGCAAAUCACAGCAGCCAGCAGGAACAAAAAGCAUGUCUUUCACAGGUGGAAAAUCCAACAGGGGUUUUCGGCACAACUGGCCCAAAAGAUAACACCGUUGGAGGAAGUUUUGGGAAGAUGCGAGA